AUGGCCUCUGGAGACAGUUUGAAGAAAAUUGCUGCGCUGAUUGGAGUCUUUGUGGUUUUGAAGGUGCAAGCUGUCCCGACACUUACCGGUGAUUAUGCAGAUGCUGGUGAACUGAGGGAUGACAUACCUGAGAUCAAUAGAGAGUUAACACACCUGUUUGAGGGAGACAUCGCCGGUGAUCCCAGCAGGAAUGGAAUCCUUGAUGAAAAAAGAAGAUGGAAGUUCCCCAUUCCCUACAUCUUAACUGAUUCAUUAGAACUGAAUGCUAAAGGUGUGAUCCUCCAGGCUUUUGAGGAAUACCGUUUGAGAUCUUGUGUGGACUUCAAGCCCUAUGAGGGAGAGAGCACCUACAUCUCCUUCACCAAGCUGUCUGGAUGCUGGUCCUUUGUUGGAGAUGAUAAAACAGGCCAGAAUGUGUCCAUUGGGGAGAGGUGCGACACUAAGUCUAUUGUGCAGCACGAGCUCCUUCAUGCUCUAGGCUUUUACCAUGAACAGUCUCGCUCAGAUAGAGAUGACUAUGUCAAAAUCUGGUGGGACCAGAUUAUAGAAGGGAUGGGACACAAUUUCAACAAGUAUGAAGAUGACUUCAUCACUGAUCUAAACACACCGUAUGAUUAUGAGUCCAUCAUGCACUACAGGCCGUUUUCCUUCAACAAGAAUGACAGCAUCCCCACAAUCACCACCGCCAUUCCAUUUUUUAACGAGGUCAUUGGCCAGCGGCUGGAUUUCAGUGCUGUAGACAUCACCAGGGUCAACCGCAUGUACGACUGUGCCAACACACACACUCUCCUGGACCAGUGCUCCUUUGAGCUGAUCAACAUCUGUGGAAUGAUUCAAAACGAAGAGGACAAUGCAGACUGGGUCCAGACUCUGAGCAGUCCAGCUGAUGCAGACCACACCUUGGCAGGGCGCUGCAGAGAUUCUGGCUACUUCAUGAAGUUUGACACAUCUUCUGGUACACUUGGAAGCAGCGCCUUGCUGGAGUCAAGAAUCCUCUACCCCAAGAGAGACGAGCAGUGCCUGCAGUUCUUCUACAAGAUGACCGGAGCAGCUGGGGACAAACUGGUGAUAUGGAUAAGGACUGAUGAUGGGACAGGAAAUGUACGCUCUGUCAAGAAGAUCCACACCAUUACAGGUAAUGGAGAUCCUGCCUGGAAAAUAGCCCAUGCGACUCUAAGGGUGAAAGAAAAGUUCCGCUAUUUCUUCCAAGGUGUCAGAGGAUCAUCCAACUCCUCGGGUGCCAUCUUAGUGGAUGACAUCACUCUUACUGAGACCAUUUGCCCCAGUGCUGUCUGGCAAAUCCACAACUUCACUGGUCUUCUUGACACCACUCCUGUCGGCAGUCCAAUUAAAAGCGAUUGCUUCGUAAGCUCAGAGGGAUACUCAUUCGGCAUCAAUGUUUACCCAAAUGGAAGAGAGGUUGGUUACCCGGACUAUGUUGGUAUGGCCUUGCAUCUCUGCAGUGGGGAAAAUGAUGCAGUGAUGGAGUGGCCAGCAAAAAACAGGCAGGCAACCAUUGUUGCCAUGGACAAGGACCCUGAUGUAAAACUGAGAAUGUCUUCUACUAGAAGCUUCACCACAGACACUGAUCCCCGCUGGAACAAACCAUCACUCACUUCGGAAUCUGUGUGGGAUGACAGCUGCCAGUGCGUCCGUGGUCGAGACUUUGGCUGGCCCACAUUCAUUUCUCACAAUCAGCUAAAGAAGAGGAGCUACCUGAAGAACGAUGACCUCAUCAUUACUGCUGAAUUCAAUGAUUUGACCCACCUGAUCAAGACUGAGGUACCUGUCGAACCAACUGCACUAAAUGAUGACAUCACAGAUGAGAAGCCAAGCAGCGAGGAAGAAAUGAGACCGGACACUCCAAAACACAGAGAAGCACGUGCCGCCAACCCCUGUCAUCCCAACCCUUGUUCUAACGGAGGCGUGUGUGUGGAGAAUGAGGGGAAAGCCUCGUGCAGAUGUGCAUCAAGCCAGACCACCUACUAUGCUGGUAAGAGGUGUGAGGAACUGAACAUAGACAGAGGCAUUCUGGGAGCUCUGAUCGGUGGAGCAGCAGGGAUAGUAGUUCUGACACUGGCCAUCUUCACUGUCAUUAGGAGAGCUCAGUGAAACACAAACUUCCAAGAAAAAAUGUGUCCUCUGGAUUCAUUCAGAAGAGAAGGUGGUGCCAAUACUAUUGGCAUUGACCUGGUAUGUCCCCACAUGAAAAUAAGUCUUUUUUUUUUGUUGCCUUAGACUGAGCCUGGAAAUCAAGUCCCAACAACCACAGAUUAACUUCAACUGUCGAAUUUGAUGUCUUCCUAAAUGAACAACUUUUUGCAGAAAAGAAUGAGUUAUGGGGGUUUGUUUAAUUCAUAUGAUAAAAAUAAUAAGUAGUUUGCUUAAUUAAUUAUGUUAUGAUAAACAUUUGGAUAAAAAACUUCUGAAUAAUGCAUAGUAAAUAAACAAUGC